CCAAAUCUUCUGCUCACAUUUGCGUACCAGCUUUCUGAGUUUGAGCACACGACUGUUCCGGCAAGAAAAUGGGCAGCAACUAUGAUCUGAAGCCGACGUCUUCCACCUCUUACAGCGCGCAGCUCGGCAAGGGAGGGCCGCUGAUCGACCUCGGCCACCCGCUGCUCAACCACAUCGCCGAUAGCUUCAUCAAGGCCGCUGGGAUCGGUGUAGUCCAGGCGGUGUCGCGGGAGGCUUGUUUCACCGUUCUAGAUGGAAUUAAUGGAGGUGGUGGUUCGGAAGGCCUCCCGCCUGAGAUCACCUCGACCGGUGCCAAGAAACGCCACCGAUUCAAUGCCCUCCACGGUGAAACCAACAACAAAAGCCUUGAAGCCAUGGUGAAGAACACGGGGAAAGAAUCUCUACAAUGGGGCCUGGCUGCCGGUGUAUACUCGGGACUGACCUACGGAUUGAAGGAAGCCCGCGGGUCUCACGAUUGGCAAAACAGCGCGGUGGCUGGUGCUAUAACUGGACUGGCUGUCGCCCUGACGGCGGAGGAUCCUUCACACGAGCAGAUCGUGCAGUGCGCGGUCACUGGAGCAGCUGUCUCGGCGGCUGCCAACCUUCUUUCGGGUAUCUUUUGAAGGUUUGGAUGGAGGAGCGAACACCUACUUGCUGCAUCUUGUGCUUGGUAGUAGUACUAGUAGUCGUUGUUGUCAUAGAGAAGAAGAUUAGUAGUUUGUAUUUUGGUUUAGGCUCUGCCGGGAUUAGAUUUCGGC